AUGCCAUCCGCUACUGAUGCUCCCGUCGUGAUCCGCCUCUCUGAUGAGGAGCGCAAUGGAGGCAGCUUGUCUGAGCAUCACCUCUACGAUGCCGUCGAAGCCUUCUUCAGUGAUGGCUUCGUGGUACUCGAAAAUGCAGUCGACCUUGAUAAAAUUGACCGCUUGAAUAAGAGAAUGCUCAAGGACACGCAAAAGCUCCUAGCUGGUGAGGGUUUGUCACAUUACGCCCCUUUAAAUAGCAAGGUUGCAGAGAACGGAGCCAAGGCUGGUGGGAACCUGUCACAGGUUCCCCCGCUCGAGAAGGAAUGGCUCGAGCCCCAGAUCUUCGCCAAUAAACAAGCCGCCAAGAUCAUCUCCUCCAUCCUAGGUCCUCAGCCUGAAGUGCACUUCCUCCGCUCAAAUACCCUCCUCAACACCAACGACCGCCAACGCGUGCACUCUGACAUGCGCUUCGAGCACCCGACACACCCAUUCGCUAUCACCCAGAACGUAUGUUUGUGCGACUGUGGUCCAGAGAACGGCAUGACGGAGCUGUGGCUUGGAACCCAGAACACUGGUGUUGAGAUCCGACCGCAGCUGGGCGAGCCCUUUAUCCAGGAAUCAGUGGUUGAAGAGAGGAGGAAGAUUCGCCCACCGCUGUACCCUCGUGUCAAGAAGGGCUCUAUCUUGAUCCGCGAUCUCCGGCUAUGGCACGCUGGCAUGGGCAACCCGACCGACAACGUCCGCAUCCUCCUCACCAUCAACUACUACGCCGGGUGGUAUAGAAACGGUGCCCUCGUCCACUUUCCAGAGUCGCUGAAACAGCAUGUCAAGUCCUUGGAGGAAUACGCAAGCAUUAAGAUCGCUGCCACUUAUGAACCGGAUGAUGGAUUCAACUACCUGGAGAGCAAGUUUAGCAACAACUUUAGCUCGGUACUUCACCCGGAAGUGUGGGAGAAGAUUGCACAUGUGAAAACCGCCAAGGGCUACUAG